AUGACGCCGAAGCCCGAAGGGGACCACUAUCAAGUGCUCGGCGUGGAGCUUGGCGCCACAAACCAGGAGCUCACCAAAGCCUACCGAAAGCUCGCCCUGAAGUACCACCCUGACAAGAAUCGUGAUGCUGAGGACGGGGCAAGGGGCGAGUGCGAGGAGGCCUUCAAACGGAUCACCGAGGCCUACGAUGUCCUGCACGACCCUCAGAAGCGGAAGUCCUACGAUUCGCGCUGUGGACAGGCUUUCCAAGGCCCGGCGGCGGAGCUGGAGCGCAUGUUCGGACAUCACCCCUUAAUGGAAAGCUGCGGAGGAGCCUAUGGCGAGGACAUCGACUUCGAGAAGAUCUUCCACGCAGUCAACUCCGAGAAGCAUGCUGUCAAGGGGUGCGGCCAGGCUGUCGUGGGGGUGAUCCCACGCAACACGGCCGUGAUCCUCCACAGCCUUUCCAAGACCGUGCAAUUCAAUGGCCGAGAAGCCACCGUGCGAACCUUUGACCCGAGCACAGGCCGUUACCACUUGCUCAUGGAUGGCUCCGCCAUUUGCGUCAAACCAUGGAACUUGACCCAGAAGUGUAGCGCCUUUUGCCGCGACACGAUGGGCGAGGGAAGCCCAGACGUGACCAUCGUGGGCUUCGACGCAGGAUGCUAUUUGGUGAAGACGCCGAGCGCAGAAGUGGGGCGCUUGAAGCCCCGCGAGCUGGUGCUGAAGGAAGGCACGGCUGUGAGGCUUCAAGGGCUCAACACGGCGGACUUCAACGGCAAGAUGGCGGUGAUCCGAGAGGUGGACCAGCCCGCCCACCGUUACCGUGUCGAGUGCGCCCACGGUCAGCUCCGACGCUUGCAGCAGCGGUGGGCGGGUGGGCCGUUGGGGCUCGGGAGUGAAGUUCGAGAAUGUGCUGUGCUGAGCAGCUCGAAGGACCGGAGAAUUCAGCACCCCGAGGCUGCGGAGGCGGUGGAGGCCGGCGAGUGCGAGCCCUCGGUGGCCUUAGGUCGUGGUUUGGCGGCUGCCGAGGAGACUGAGGCCCUGGCUUUGCAAAGCCUGCAUGCACGGCUUCAGGCGCGCGACUGCGUUCGCUUCGAUGGGGGCGCGCAGGCGCUCGAGCAACGGGUCCGUGAGACACGAGCCAGGGCGGUGUCAGCAGUCCGGCCCUGGAUAGAACUGCUGUCAGACCGACGGGAGUGUCAUCAAGUGCGGCAAGCAAUGGAGGUGCUACUCAAAGAGACGCGGGAAGAGUACAACUCCACCCUCUCCAUGAAGACCGCCAAGGCGGAAGUGGUCCAGGAGCUUCAGGACCGGGGCAGCCAGCAUGAAUGGACAGUGAAACAGCUCCAAGAUGCGGUAGAGCUCCUUGAGGAUUCGCAACUCUGUGAGGCGUCGGCCCCGCGGGACCUGGAACUCUUCUUCGCGGAUGCCUUGAGCCAGUCCAUCCCCGAGGAGCUGCAGCUUCGUGCUGGGCAGAGCCUGGAGGCCUUGGUCCGGUGCGGUCAGGCAGCGCAGCGCGUCCUCCAGACGAUGGACCGGAGGUGUCCAGGUGAGAGUGAGCCUUGCAGCACGCCCUCCGUGGAACGCAGUCCUGAGGUCAGUGCCCAUGAUGCACCCCUCCAGGUGGCUGAUGUGACUUUGAAGCUGGUGCCCUCCGAGGGGGACGCCGUGGACAGAGCUUCCCAGUCGGAUGAGAGAUAUGAGAGCGCAUCUCCGCUUAAGAAGAAGGCCGAUUGGGAUGCGGACAUGCCACUCCUGGUGAACCAGCUGGCGCUUCUUUCUUGGCCCCUCCCGAGCCAGACUCCGAUGUCAGCAGCAGCGACGUGGGGUCGCUGGAGCUCCCGAUGGGAGAACUCCGCACGGGAGAUGGGCCGACUCAAAAAGGGGCGGGUUCGGGAUGAGAUCAAUGGUCUGGAUGAGGCAUAUUCACAGACGCAGGUUGAAGUUGCACAUCGUGGCUGUAUGCUGGAACAGAUCCCUCAUGAUCACGUCAUCGCCAUGGCGGGUGAGGCGCCGGUGCUGCACAAAUCCGUCGCGAGCUUUCAGCACCUGAGACAGGAAAGCCUGAAGAAGGUGGUGGAAGAACUCUUAGCUCCAGUUCAUUUGCCAGCUGCAAGGCCCUGGCAGCAGUUCGAAUCUGUGAAUUUGCAGAAGGCGCUGGUGCAGGACGCUGAUCAUUUGGCAUUGGGCCGUCACAAAGUGUCGGCAUGGGCUAGCAGUUGGGUGUUGCCGUUGAUCAUCGGCGUGUUGACGGCCUCCACGGGCACACUCAUCGAGGUCAUGUCCGAGUUUCUGGACCGCUGGAGGCACAGCUACUGGACUUCAGGCGGCUGGGUCUCUUGGUCAGAGGACCCAUGGACUUGGCGAGCUUGGUCAGCCUAUGUGGUCAGCAGUGUGCUUUUCGCCACCCUUUCCGCCGUGUUGGUGCGACACUUUGCCCCCGCAGCGCGGGGAAGUGGAAUCCCUGAAGUGAAAACGAUUCUGGGUGGUUUUGUGAUGAAGGACACCUUGUCCACGCGGACGUUGAUGGUGAAGAUUGUGGGGUUGAUGCUGUCGGUCUCUUCGGGCUUGGCGCUGGGCAAAGAAGGGCCGACAGUUCACAUUGCUUGCUGCUGGGCCAACGUCUGCAGCGGCUUCUCGAAGCGCUACUCGCAAAGCGCGGGACGCUUGCACGAGCUGCUGAGCGUGGCCUCCGCCGCCGGGGUCUCCGUGGCCUUCGGAGCGCCGGUGGGGGGCGUGCUCUUCUCCUACGAGGAGGUCUCCACCAGGUUUCGACGGGCCACCAUGAUCCGCGCCUUCUUCGCGGCGGUGGUGGCCGCCUUGACCUUGGCCUGGUACGACCCCUUGGGCACUGGCAAGCUUACCUUGUUCGAGGUCUACUAUCCUCAACAGCCGGCCUUAGGUGAGUAUCCUUUGUUCCUCCUCAUGGGCUGCGUGGGAGGUCUGGUGGGUGCGCUCUUCGUGGAGCUCAACGGUCGGGUCUUCCUCUUCCGCCAGGAGGGCUCCGCCUUCCGCAGCUGGAUCCCGGUGACCGUCGAGGUAGCUUUGAUUGCAGUUUUCACAGCUUUGACCAGCUACCCCUCCAAAUAUACGCGGGAUCUCUCGAACCAAGCGAUUCACGCGCUCUUUCACAAUUGUGAACGCAUUCGCGAGGAUCCCUUGAGCCUGUGCACCCCGGACGCCGACCGUACGGACGGUGCUUUAGUCCUAGCGUUGCUGGCAGCUGCUGCGGUGCGGUUUGUUCAGGUCACCAUCACCUUUGGCACCGGUGUCCCGUGCGGCCUCUUCGUGCCAUCCUUGUAUGUGGGUGCUUGCCUGGGGCGAUGCUUGGGAGUUCUGACGGCCUGGGCCAAUUCCUAUUUGCACUUUGCCGAGGAGAUUCAUCCAGGCAUCUACGCCAUGGUUGGUGCUGCGGCGACCUUGGGUGGUGUCUGUCGCGUGACGAUUUCACUGGUGGUGAUCAUGUAUGAACUGACCGGCGGCUUGUAUUUGACUCCUGCAUUCAUGAUUGCCGUACUGGCCGCCAAGUGGGUCGGGGACCUCUUCAACCACUCCAUCUAUGACUGUGUGAUUGGUCUCCGUGGUUAUCCCUAUCUUCAUGAGCCCUGCGAGGUGACUUACACGACACGAGCAUGUGAUGUGAUGCAAGACAACUUGAGCUGCUUACCAGUGGAGGCUGGCUGCGUGGGCGACUUGCUGCUGGACGUGCGCGAGGCACCCUUCGCAGGGUAUCCAGUGGUGCAAAGCCGCGAGGACAUGUCCAUCAUGGGCUACGUUUUAACGCAGUCCUUGCGGCACUUCCUCGAGGAGUCGGGACAAGACACCGAGUCCGAGCGGGUCUCCUUCGUGGGCACGCCCGGGACCUUGGACGCCUCUUCUUUGGUGGAUAAUUCUCUCCUGCUGGUGGCCCCAGACACUCCAGCCUCCCAGAUCCACAACAUCUUCCGGCAGAUGGGCUCGAAGACCAUCCUGGUGACGAAGUUGGGGAAGCUGGUGGGCCUCAUCACCAAGAAGUCCUUCCUGGCCUUCUUGGGCCAUAGCCAUGGCACGUGCACCGCCACGGGCGCCGGCCCGGACGAUUUGACGAACAAGGAUCCGGUGCCCCAAAUCGUGAUCGACAGCUCAACCUACGUGGAUGCCUACCAUCGGCAGACCUCCCAGGAUUCGCAGCAUUCCCAUGGCCAGGUCAUGGCCCGGCUGCCAAAACAGGUGAGCUUCAGCUUGCUGGCCUUCCCGCAGCGCGCCGAGAGCUUGCAGACCAUGCGGCGUGAAGUGGCCCAGGAGAUGUCCUACCACACCAGCAUGCGGCUGAAGAGCAAUUGCAUUGGCCCCUCCAGGAAGAGCCGACGUUUUAAGCUCGAGACGAUUUCUUGGCCAGAGGAAAUGCGCAAGAGUGUGUUGGACGGCCGAUGGAGAUGGUUCUCAGAGUUGGCCUUUCUGCCAGCGCUCAUCGGCGUGGUGGCGGCCAUUUUGCGUGGUGUGCUGCUGUGGUGCUCUGAUCGGAUGUUGGCUAUUUACAAAGGCUCCGGCGCCGGGUCGUUUCUUUACGCCUCUCUGAUCUCCGUCCUCUUCGCUGAGCUGAGUGCAACCUUGGGCUGGCAACAGCCUUGUAGCGCCUGUGGAAUUUCCGAAGUGAAGACGAUCCUGAACGGCUUCGUGAUGGAGGAGAUUUUGACCUUUGAAAUGUUGCUUUGUCGUUUCUUGGGCCUCGUCUUCACCACUUCCGCGCGGCUUUGCUUGGACUUCGUGGGGGUCUUGGUGCACCUGAGCGCCUGCGCCGCCGAGCUCACCGGCCGCUGGUGCUCCGUGCGGAACGAGGCGGGGAUGCCGUGAUGUGGGGCGCUUUUCGGGGAUCGUGAUGUCAUGAUGUUGUUGUUGGGGAGGUUUUUGGAAUAUAAUAGAUUUUGGUAUAUAGAAUAACUUAGAUCAUAUUUUUUGAUUAGUGGGAGGGAAUCUCAUUUCAAGCAAUGUUUGUGAGAUUUUGUGGGGGUUUCUUAAUCUUUUGAGAGGGCAUUUGUCUAAAUAUAUUUGGAAACAUUUGGUGACACUGGCUGCUAGGGAGAUGGCAGUGCAGAAAAGCAAUUCAAAGCAUGUUCCACUAGAGAUGUAGGUUCGUUACCGUUACGGUUUGUUUCUUCUAAUGUGUGAAUGUUAAGGGGACUAUCAUCCUCAAUUUUGCUCAGGGUCCUCAUUUGAAGCCUUUGACCUUUUCUCUUUGCGCUUGCAACGGCAUGCUGUGCCCAAGGCAUUUGAUAUAGAGAAGGUAC